CAAGGAGCCGCGCACAUGCCAGUGGCCCAUACCUUACGUGUAGAUCGAAAUCGCGUCUGAGCCUGAGCCUGAAUAAUGCGGCACGCCAUUGGGGCAUGACUCCUUUAACACAACAUCCCCGAACAGAGCCCGAGCGCAAUGCCUGUGAUAUCCCCCGACCGAGGAGAUGAAGAUACAUACAGUCGUCUAUUUAUGGCGCAGCCGCCGUGACGGGCUCACAGCUCAUGAUCUGCGGGUAUCGGCACAAGUCAGCCUCAGUAGUACCCGGAGGCGGGCCAAAGCGACGACGCACCAUGUCCGGCCACGCGAAUCCCGGAUCGAACUCAGAAUGGAAUGCGCCCGAGCUGCCGGUGAAGAUGAUCGAAUUUGGGCUCAAAGCGG